AUGGGACUUGGAGAUCCAAACAAAGCUAAACAGUACCUCAGCAAGUGCUUGUAUUACAUGAAAAUAGGAAGCAAUGAUUACUACAAUAAUUACUUGCUCAAAAUUUUGCCAAUAAGCAGCAAUGAUCAAUUUGCGGAAUAUCUUGUUAGCCGCUACUCUCAAUCUAUGAAGAGCUACGUAACGUAUGGGAGAAAUGGAGGUUGUGCUGAAAAUCUGACCGAUGAUGCUUAUACUUUCGACGAAAAGCUCAAAUCCCAAUUGGAGCGAUUCAAUACUAACAACUUAUCUGCUGAUGCCAAAUUCAUGUUUGUAAACGCCACAGGCGAAAUCCCUGGUUUCACUUUUGCGAAUACUUCUUGCUGCCCAACACUGCUAAAUAUGUCGUGCAUUCAAAAUGGAACACCAUGCGGGAAUAGAACUGAAUACUUGUAUUGGGAUGGAUUCCAUCAGACCGAAUCUGCCAACCGAAUCACUGCACAAAGAGCAAAUGAUACCCUUUUUCAGUCCUGA